AUGGAGGAGCCGGGCCAGGGGGCUGGCGGGGGGCCCCGGGCCCGCGCCGAGGGGGCCGCCGCGGAGAGCGAGAUCCAGAAGGCCGUGGAGUUCAAGGUGGAGGGGAACCGCUGCUACAAGGAGAAGAAAUUCCGGGAGGCCAUCGGGAAAUACCACCGCGCCCUGCUGCAGCUCAAGGGGGUGCACGGACGGGCCGGGGCAGGCAGCCCGGAGCAGAGCCCGCUGGGCCCCGGGCGCCACCCGCUGACCGAGGAGCAGCUGCGGCUGGUGGAGAGCACCGAGGUCGAGUGUUACGACAGCUUGACGG